UUUGGGUCAGAGUCCAAACACGCCCUCCCAUCACACCGGUCCAGUGUCCUUCUGUUGUUUCCCUCCAUCUGCGGGAAUGAGAUAGGAAGUGGUCUCUGGUCUCUCUUUAGGAAGCAAAGUCGUGUGUGGCGGUGGUGUGUCUGUGCUGUUCCGAUUUUAACCGGUGAAUUCGGCGGGAUAAUGGCAGAUACGCUGACACUUUUCACGUCCAUUGGACUCAGCGAGCAGAAAGCGAAAGAAACGCUGAAGAAUGACUCGCUGAGUUCUUCCCUGAAGGAGGCAAUUACUCAGGCCCAACGUGUCCAUGGGGCCUCAGGAGUGGACAAAGCCAUGGGUACAUUGCUGUACAGUAUGGCAUCUCGCCUUAAAGACACCAAACGCCUGGCAUUUCUUUCAGAAAGUAUAGCUCAGCGUAAGAUCUGCACAGAACUACAGCUUGCAGCUGCUUUGGACUUUGUGAAGGCUCAUCCACAAGACCCCAUCAACCAGAAGGAGUUUGACGACGCAUGUGGAGUGGGUGUAGUCAUAACACCUGAGCAGAUUGAGGAAGCAGUAGAAGCUGUGAUUAAAAAGCACAAGGAUCAACUGCUAAAGGAGAGGUACCACUUCAACAUGGGACUGCUAAUGGGUGAAGCACGCACUGCUCUAAAAUGGGCUGAUGGCAAGGUGAUCAAGAAUGAGGUGGACAUGCAGGUUCUGCACCUCUUAGGACCCAAAACAGAGGCUGACCUAGAAAAGAAGCCCAAGGCACAGAAAGCUAAAGUCACAGAGAAUGACGUGAAGGUGAAGAAAGAGGAGGUGGCGGUGAACGGUGAUGCAGUCUCUGGGGAGGGCAAGUCACUAAUGGAGCAGCUCAGAGGAGAGGCACUGAAGUUCCAUAAACCAGGAGAAAAUUAUACAACUGAGGGCUACGUGGUCACACCGAAUACAAUGAACUUGCUUAAAAAGCACCUGGAGUUCACAGGUGGACAGAUACGUACCCGUUUUCCUCCUGAGCCCAACGGUAUCCUUCACAUUGGGCAUGCCAAAGCUAUCAACUUUAAUUUUGGCUAUGCAAAGGCAAAUAAUGGAAUUUGCUUCCUGAGGUAUGAUGACACAAAUCCUGAGAAGGAAGAGGAGAAAUACUUCACUGCCAUCAAAGAUAUGGUGGAGUGGCUGGGCUACAAACCUUAUGCCGUCACACACGCUUCUGACAAUUUUCAGCAACUCUAUGACCUUGCUGUGGAUCUUAUUCGCAGGGGUCACGCGUAUGUGUGCCAUCAGAAAGGCGAGGAGCUGAAAGGCCAUAAUGUUCCUCAAUCACCGUGGAGAGAUCGACCCAUCGAAGAGUCGCUGGUGCUGUUUGAGAGGAUGAAGAAGGGCCUGUUUGCUGAGGGAGAGGCCACCCUCAGGAUGAAGAUGGUCAUGGAGGAUGGAAAGAUGGAUCCUGUGGCAUACCGAAUAAAAUACACACCGCAUCAUCGGACAGGAGAUGAAUGGUGCAUCUAUCCUACCUAUGACUACACUCACUGUCUGUGUGACUCCAUUGAAAAUAUUUCACACUCACUGUGUACCAAAGAGUUUCAAGCCAGGCGUUCAUCAUAUUACUGGCUGUGUAACGCUCUGGAUCUGUACUGCCCUGUGCAGUGGGAAUAUGGGCGGCUGAACCUCACCUACACUGUUGUGUCCAAGAGGAAAAUCAUCAAACUGGUCGAGACGGGCGUUGUCAGAGACUGGGAUGAUCCCAGACUCUUCACUCUGACUGCACUGAGGAGAAGAGGGUUUCCCCCAGAAGCGAUCAACAACUUCUGUGCACGAGUGGGAGUCACAGUUUCCCAAACGACGACCGAGCCCCACUUACUGGAGGCGUGUGUGAGGGAUGUGCUGAAUGAAACAGCACCUCGAACCAUGGCUGUGCUAGAACCACUCAAAGUCACCAUAACGAACCUUCCUGACAACUUCAAGACAGAUGUACGAGUCCCGGACUUCCCUGCCGACGAAGCUAAGGGCAGCCACACGGUUCCUUUCACGCGCACAGUCUUCAUUGAACAAAGUGACUUCAGAGAGGUCAUGGAAAAGGGCUACAAGCGCCUGACUCCAGAACAACCUGUAGGCCUGAGGCAUGCUGGGUAUGUCAUCUCUGUCCAGAAAAUCAUCAAGGACACUCAGGGCAAAGUGGUGGAACUGGAGGUGACCUGCUGCAGUUCUGAGACCGCAGAGAAACCAAAGGCCUUUAUCCACUGGGUCAGUGAGCCACUGGUGUGUGAAGUGCGCCUCUAUGAUAGACUCUUCUUGCACAAACAUCCAGAAGAUCCAUCUGAAGUGCCUAAUGGCUUCCUGAGUGACAUCAACCCUGAUUCCCUGCAAGUGAUCAGUAGUGCCUUAGUGGACACCUCAGUCAAGGGAGCAAAGGUUUUUGAUAAAUUCCAGUUUGAAAGAGUCGGCUACUUCUCCGUGGACUCAGACAGCACUGCAGAUAAGCUCAUCUUCAACAGAACAGUUACCCUGAAAGAAGACCCUGGGAAGAUCUGAUUGAUUUGAGAUUAAGCCACUCUUCCUGCUUCAGAGAUGCAUGUUCAGAUUUUCUUGCAUUACAUCAAUGUGUAAUAUCAGCAAAGGCACAGACUGAGUCAGAUGAGAUACUGGAAUAUUUUUUUCAGGGAUUUAUCACUCAGAAACGAAACAAAAUUAUAUUCCUCAGCUAUGAUCUUAUUCAUCACAAAAACACUGCAGCAUGACUUUGACCUAGCUCAUUUGCUCAGUAAUCAUUAAGUCUUUUUUUUUUUCUAUACUUGCCACAAUAAUAUUCACUUACAGUAUUUUCUCUUGUUUGUUGAAUGGAUGAAGCUUUCAUCAUUGUUCAACAAGGGCUGUUUGUGUAUAUUAUGUGAAGCUGGUGUUACACAAAUGUGAUGCUCUCAAAUGCCACACGUGACUUUUAUAUAUAUAUAGAUUCAGAGGCUGCCAAAGCAUCAUGUUUUUUAAGACUAGGCAGAUUGAACAUGUGUCCUUUUGACUGGAGCAAAGAAUAAAUAAUUCUACAAACUG